UCGCGUUCCAACAUGGGAAAUCCGAGCCGUAGUAGCCCCACUAGAACAAGGCGCGAGAACUUGGUGAAGAACCACUUUCGUCGCCUCGGAAUCGUUGUUGCUGCAGCACUUGGAGGAUCAUUCAUCUUUUACGCUGCUCCCUUGCCAAUCGGAACUCCAGCGUCAGCUCUUCUGGGGGCCUUCGACUCUUUCGCAGGCGCCGGAACUGAGGCAUGCCCACAAUUCAAUGCGCUGUAUCCAUCAGUGCACGAAACUCUGCUCGAGACGUUGAAUACGCUGUAUGACUCGGAUGGUGGUAAGGCCAGGAUGGUGAACUGGUUGAGUGGAGCUAUCCAAGUGAAGACGGAGUCGUUUGACGACAUGCAACCAGUAGGGGCCGACGAGCGAUGGAAGCAGUUCGACGCGUUCCAUGAGUACCUUGUGGCGUCUUAUCCCAAAGUGCACUCGACAGUCAGUCUGACGAAAGUCAACACCUACGGCCUCGUGUACCACUGGCAGGGCUCGGACAGCUCCUUGAAGCCAAUAUUGCUGACAGCGCAUCAAGAUGUUGUUCCGGUCAAUCCGGAAACUUUCGGCGAGUGGACCUAUCCACCGUACGCAGGCUAUUACGAUGGAGAAUUCAUGUGGGGAAGAGGGUCACUCGACGACAAGACAGAUCUGAUUGGUUUGAUGUCAACCCUUGAGAUACUGAUCGAGCAAGGAUUCAAGCCUAGCCGCACGAUUGUCCUCUCACUUGGUUUCGAUGAAGAGAUCAUGGGUGCUCAUGGGGCGCAAUAUCUUGGACAAUACCUAUUGAAGACCUUCGGUAAAAACGGAUUUGCAAUGCUCGUUGACGAGGGCGGUCAAUGGGAGACGAAGUAUGGCUCUACGAUCGCCAUACCUGGUACGAAUGAGAAGGGCUACAUGGACGUUCGAUUGGAGUUGAGCUCCCCAGGCGGUCACUCAUCCGUCCCGCCUCCCCACACGAGCAUCGGCAUGCUCUCCUCCAUGCUCGUCGCCUGGGAAUCAGACCCUUUCCCCGUGCAUCUCACCCGAACCAGCCCGCUCUACUCCACAUUACAGUGCAUAUCCACCCACGCAUCCUCCGUCGAUCCUAAGCUCCGCAAACUCGUCAAAUCGUCCGAUGCGGGUUCGGAUAAAGCAUUGAAUGAACUGGAAGAGGUGGUAUUGGAGGAUAAGGCGAUCAAGAAUCUGCUAGGGACGACGCAGGCCAUUGAUAUCAUCAGAGGAGGAGUGAAGACGAAUGCGUUACCCGAAAGGGCUUACGCAGUCAUGAACCAUAGGAUCUCCACAGACAGUUCUGUCGCUGAAACCGAAUCCUACGACUUUUCUCGCCUGCUCUCCCUCGCUGGCCAGUACUCUCUCGCUUUCACCGCCUUUAAUGACACCGUUUACACACCGUCCACUCCCGCCUAUGGAACCCUCAUCCUCUCUCACGCGUUCGGUGUCUGGAAAGCCCGAGAACCUGCACCUGGGACACCGGCUGGUUCGGGCGACGACGCAGAACCUUGGCGGUUGUUGAGUGGUACGAUCAGGGCGGUAUACAACGGCCAUAGGGGGAUCGUAAGUGGGAGCGAGGAGGACAAGCUGGUCGUUAGUCCAGGGAUGGGUACCGGUGGUACUGAUACGAGGUGGUACUGGGACUUGACGCCACAUAUUUUCAGAUAUCGCCACUUUGAUCGGUCGAACCCGGCGCAUAAGUUCGCGCACACAGUCGACGAAAGGAUUUUGAUGGAUUCGUUCGUGGAGAUUAUGAAGUUCUAUGCGACACUCAUCUUGAAUGCGGAUGAGGCUGUAAAUUUGUAACCUCUCUAAGAGAUUAAUCUCUCUGCACAGAGUACGGUGGCAUAUUCUUGAUACCCAGUAUGCAUGUGGCACGCAGAUCGCUUAACCUGGCUCUUGUCAGAGAAAACUACGCCUACGCUCUUGCUGAUCCGUGCUACCAGCUGAGGUGUCUUACUAUUGAUUUCUUUCCGCCUUUGGAACUCA